UCACCCCGACGCCCCGGCGUGCGCGUUCUCCCGCCGGCCUGCAGGCCCGGGGCCUCCGCCUGCCAGCCCGCCGCUGCUCUUCGCGGCCCCGGCUCGCGUUCACGCUGUCGCCCGGGCCGGCGCGGCCGCGGGCAACCGCUCCCCCUCCCACACCUACCCCGUCCCCUCCCCGCCUUUUCCGCCCUCGCGUCCCCCUCCCUCGGCCAGCCGCCGCUGCUCCAGAUGAGGUGAUGGCAACGGCCAACUUCGGCAAGAUCCAGAUCGGGAUUUACGUGGAGAUCAAGCGGAGCGAUGGCCGAAUACAUCAAGCAAUGGUAACAUCUUUAAAUGAAGAUAAUGAAAGUGUAACUGUUGAAUGGAUAGAAAAUGGAGAUACAAAAGGCAAAGAGAUUGACCUGGAGAGCAUCUUUUCACUUAACCCUGACCUUGUACCAGAUGAAGAAAUUGAGCCCAGUCCAGAGACACCCCCACCUCCAGCAUCCUCAGCCAAAGUAAACAAAAUUGUAAAGAAUCGACGGACUGUGGCUUCUAUUAAGAAUGAUCCUCCUCCAAGAGAUAAUAGAGUGGUUGGUUCUGCACGCGCGCGGCCUAGUCAACUUCCUGAACAGUCUUCCUCUGCACAACAGAAUGGUAGUGUUUCAGAUAUAUCUCCAGUUCAAGCUGCAAAAAAGGAAUUUGGACCCCCUUCACGUAGAAAAUCUAAUUGUGUGAAAGAAGUAGAGAAAUUGCAAGAAAAACGGGAAAAAAGGAGACUACAACAGCAAGAACUUAGAGAAAAAAGAGCCCAGGAUGUUGAUGCUACAAACCCAAAUUAUGAAAUUAUGUGUAUGAUCAGAGACUUUAGAGGAAGUUUGGAUUAUAGACCAUUAACAACAGCAGAUCCUAUUGAUGAACAUAGGAUAUGUGUUUGUGUAAGAAAACGACCACUCAAUAAAAAAGAAACUCAAAUGAAAGAUCUUGAUGUAAUCACAAUCCCUAGUAAAGAUGUUGUGAUGGUACAUGAACCAAAACAAAAAGUAGAUUUAACAAGGUACCUAGAAAACCAAACAUUUCGUUUCGAUUAUGCCUUUGAUGACUCUGCUCCUAAUGAAAUGGUUUACAGGUUUACAGCUAGACCACUAGUGGAAACUAUAUUUGAAAGGGGAAUGGCUACAUGCUUUGCUUAUGGGCAGACUGGAAGUGGAAAGACUCAUACAAUGGGAGGUGACUUUUCAGGAAAGAACCAAGACUGUUCUAAAGGAAUUUAUGCAUUAGCAGCUCGAGAUGUUUUUUUAAUGCUAAAGAAGCCAAACUAUAAGAAGUUAGAACUUCAAGUGUAUGCAACCUUUUUUGAAAUUUAUAGUGGUAAGGUUUUUGACUUGCUAAACAGGAAAACAAAAUUAAGAGUGCUCGAAGAUGGAAAACAGCAGGUUCAAGUGGUGGGAUUACAGGAACGGGAGGUCAAAUGUGUUGAAGAUGUACUGAAACUCAUUGACAUAGGCAACAGUUGCAGAACAUCCGGUCAAACAUCUGCAAAUGCACAUUCAUCUCGGAGUCAUGCAGUGUUUCAGAUUAUUCUUAGAAGGAAAGGAAAACUACAUGGCAAAUUUUCUCUCAUUGAUUUGGCUGGAAAUGAAAGAGGAGCUGAUACUUCCAGUGCAGACAGGCAAACUAGGCUUGAAGGUGCUGAAAUUAAUAAAAGCCUUUUAGCACUCAAGGAGUGCAUCAGAGCCUUAGGUAGAAAUAAACCUCAUACUCCUUUCCGAGCAAGUAAACUCACUCAGGUGUUAAGAGAUUCAUUCAUAGGUGAAAACUCUCGUACCUGCAUGAUUGCCACAAUCUCUCCAGGCAUGGCAUCCUGUGAAAAUACUCUCAAUACAUUAAGAUAUGCAAAUAGGGUGAAAGAAUUGACUGUGGAUCCAACUGCUGCUAGUGAUGUCCGUCCAAUAAUGCACCAUCCACCAAAUCAGAUUGAUGAUUUAGAGGCACAGUGGGGUGUGGGGAGUUCCCCUCAGAGGGAUGAUCUAAAACUUCUUUGUGAACAAAAUGAAGAAGAGGUUUCUCCACAAUUGUUUACUUUCCACGAAGCUGUCUCACAAAUGGUAGAAAUGGAAGAACAAGUUGUAGAAGAUCACAGGGCAGUCUUCCAGGAAUCUAUUCGAUGGUUAGAAGAUGAAAAGGCUCUCCUAGAGAUGACUGAAGAAGUAGACUAUGAUGUAGAUUCAUAUGCUACACAACUUGAAGCUAUUCUUGAGCAAAAAAUAGACAUUUUAACUGAGCUGCGGGAUAAAGUGAAAUCUUUUCGUGCAGCUCUACAAGAGGAAGAACAGGCCAGCAAGCAAAUCAACCCGAAGAGACCCCGUGCCCUUUAAAUCAGCAUUUGCUGCUAAAGGAUUCCCAGAACCCUCGCUACUGUAACAUACAAUGGUUCAGCUGUAAGGGCCAUUCGAAAGUUUGAAAUUUUAAGUGUCUGUGGAAAAUAUCUUGUCCCUUCAACCUGAAUGACAUUUCAAUUUUGUGAAACACUCCUUUGUCUACAAGAUGCUUCUAGUCCAGAAGGCACAACCAAGGUUUGGGAAUAGUGAAGCAUUUUGUUUCAUUUACCCACAUAGUGAUUUACUUUUGAAGAUCCUUGCCAAUUUUAUUUUCUGUAUGAUGAAGUAAGAUUGUGGACUUGAUCCAGAGGUGAAUAGUAGGGGGAAGCCACAGCAUUUCCUUUUAACUCAGUUCAAUUUUCAUAGCAAGACUGAGCAGUUUUAAAUCCUUUGCGUGCAUGCAUACCUCAUCAGUGAUUGUACAUACCUUGCCCACUUCUAGAAACAGCUGUGCUCACCUCUUCCUGCUUUGUGCCUUGACUAAGGCUACUCACCCUAAAUUUCUGAAGCACAGCCAAGAUAAAUUACAUUCCUUAUUUGUCAUUGUAAAUUACCUUUAUUGUGUGUACAUUUUUACUGUAAUUGAGACAUUUUUUGUGUGUGACUAGAUUUGCAGGAUGUGCCAUAUCAAUGAAUGGAACUAAAGUCUGUGACAGUGGACAUAGCUGCUGGACCAUUCCAUCUUAUAUGUAAAAAAAUCUGGAAUUAUGAUUUUAAAACCAUAUAACAUGUGGUUAUAAUUUUCUUAGCAUUUUCUUUGUAAAGAACUAAAAUAUAAACUAGUUGGUGUAUAAUAAAAAGUAAUGAAAUUCUGAAAA